GUGCAGGUGUUUGGACUGUAUUCUGGAGAAGAAUUUCAUGAGACUUUUGAUUGUCCCAUUAAAAUCAUUGCUGUGCACCCACAUUUUGUGAGAUCUAGUUGUAAGCAGUUUGUGACUGGAGGGAAGAAGUUGUUGCUGUUUGAACGGUCUUGGAUGAACAGAUGGAAGUCUUCUGUUCUGCACGAAGGGGAAGGGAACAUAAGGAGUGUGAAGUGGAGAGGCCAUCUGAUCGCUUGGGCCAAUAAUAUGGGUGUGAAGAUUUUUGACAUCAUCUCAAAGCAAAGAAUCACCAAUGUGCCACGGGAUGAUAUAAGUCUCCGCCCAGAUAUGUAUCCCUGUAGCCUCUGCUGGAAGGACAAUGUGACGCUGAUUAUCGGCUGGGGGACUUCUGUCAAGAUAUGUUCAGUGAAGGAACGGCAUGCCAGUGAAAUGAGGGAUUUGCCAAGUCGAUAUGUUGAAAUAGUGUCUCAGUUUGAAACCGAAUUCUACAUCAGUGGACUUGCACCUCUCUGUGAUCAGCUUGUUGUACUUUCCUACGUAAAGGAGAUUUCAGAGAAAACGGAAAGGGAAUAUUGUGCCAGACCUAGACUGGACAUCAUCCAGCCACUUUCUGAGACUUGUGAAGAGAUCUCUUCUGAUGCUUUGACAGUCAGAGGCUUUCAAGAGAAUGAAUGUAGAGAUUAUCAUUUAGAAUACUCUGAAGGGGAAUCACUCUUCUACAUUGUGAGUCCAAGAGAUGUUGUAGUGGCCAAGGAACGAGACCAAGAUGACCACAUUGACUGGCUCCUUGAAAAGAAGAAAUAUGAAGAAGCUUUGAUGGCAGCUGAAAUUAGCCAAAAGAACAUUAAAAGACAUAAGAUUCUGGAUAUUGGUUUGGCAUAUAUAAAUCACCUAGUGGAGAGAGGGGAAUAUGACAUAGCAGCACGCAAAUGUCAGAAAAUUCUUGGGAAAAAUGCGGCACUCUGGGAAUAUGAAGUUUAUAAAUUUAAAGAAAUUGGACAACUUAAGGCUAUUAGUCCUUAUUUGCCAAGAGGGGAUCCAGUUCUAAAACCACUCAUCUAUGAAAUGAUCUUACAUGAAUUUUUGGGAAGUGAUUAUGAGGGUUUUGCCACAUUGAUCCGGGAAUGGCCUGGAGAUCUGUAUAAUAAUUCAGUAAUAGUUCAAGCAGUUCGGGAUCACCUGAAGAAAGAUAGUCAGAACAAGACUUUACUUAAAACCCUGGCAGAAUUGUAUACCUAUGACAAAAACUAUGGCAAUGCUCUGGAAAUAUACUUAACAUUAAGACAUAAAGAUGUUUUUCAAUUGAUCCACAAGCAUAAUCUUUUCAGUUCUAUAAAGGAUAAAAUUGUUUUAUUAAUGGACUUUGAUUCAGAGAAAGCUGUUGACAUGCUUUUGGACAAUGAAGAUAAAAUUUCAAUUAAAAAGGUAGUGGAAGAAUUAGAGGACAGACCAGAGUUGCAGCAUGUAUAUUUGCAUAAGCUUUUCAAAAGAGAUCAUCAUAAGGGGCAGCGCUACCAUGAAAAACAGAUCAGUCUUUAUGCCGAAUAUGAUCGACCAAACUUACUUCCCUUUCUCCGAGAUAGUACCCAUUGCCCACUUGAAAAGGCUCUUGAGAUCUGUCAACAGAGGAACUUUGUAGAAGAGACAGUUUAUCUUCUGAGCCGAAUGGGUAACAGCCGAAGUGCCCUGAAGAUGAUUAUGGAGGAAUUACAUGAUGUUGAUAAAGCAAUUGAAUUUGCCAAGGAACAAGAUGAUGGAGAACUCUGGGAAGAUCUUAUUUUAUAUUCCAUUGACAAACCACCAUUUAUUACUGGCUUGUUAAACAACAUUGGCACGCAUGUUGACCCAAUUCUACUGAUUCACCGUAUUAAGGAAGGAAUGGAGAUUCCCAAUUUGAGAGAUUCCUUGGUUAAGAUUCUACAGGAUUACAAUUUGCAGAUUCUGCUUCGUGAAGGCUGCAAGAAGAUUCUCGUAGCUGACUCUUUGUCCUUACUGAAGAAAAUGCACCGAACUCAAAUGAAAGGUGUUCUAGUCGAUGAGGAGAAUAUCUGUGAAUCAUGCCUUUCCCCUAUUCUUCCAUCAGAUGCAGCUAAGCCCUUCAGUGUGGUGGUCUUCCAUUGCCGGCACAUGUUCCACAAAGAGUGCCUGCCCAUGCCCAGCAUGAACUCUGCUGCACAGUUCUGCAACAUCUGCAGUGCUAAGAAUCGUGGACCAGGAAGUGCAAUUUUGGAGAUGAAAAAAUAGCUCGUUUCUGCUUGUCAGUCCUUCUUCGUUGUACUUUUUGAGACUGUUUUUGCAACAACAGAAGCAUUUGUUGAUACCCAUGCUGUUAAGAGAUUUGUUCAUAUUUGUUCAUAUUUGCUCAAAACCAGUUUCUUGAUCUAUUUCUUUCUUCUACUAGCGGUUUCUCUUUGCACUUGAAAAGGAGUUGGGGCCCUCUCCAUGCCUUGAAAUAUUUGGGUCUAUAGUCAAUAUUUUGUCAUCUACUUGCUUGACUCAUUCUUCAUAUAGUAAUGAAAACAUAAGUCUAGGCGUUAGAAGUGAAUUUUUUAGACCUCAUAAAACCAUUCAACUAUAAAGUGGACUUUUGAGAAUUGUUCCAGCUGCCCGAGAACAUGGCCAACUAUGGUUGUCCAGCAAGCUUCUCCCCAUGACUUCCACCUUGUUUCCAUAUGCUCUGCUGGCAACCAUUCCUGCGUUCUACGUUUGACUUAUUUUAAUAUUUUGUCAGCUGUGGUUGUCUUCAUAAUAGGCCCUUAAUAAAACAUUGUACAAAUUGUCACUCAUUCAGUGGCAUCCGGGCAUAACAGGCUCAUGUCCUGCACCUGUAUGUUUACUAAUCACAUGUUCUGUGUUUCCUGAUGACUAGCAGAGUGUCUGGUCCUGGCAGGCACUCAGCAUUUAUUGACUGAAUAACAAUAACUCUUUUCAUUGUGAAAGACUCACUUUUACUGGCUUGAACAGCCACAAUCAAGAAUUCUAAUACCCUUGUAAGGAAGAGAGUUUUAGCACCUUAGAGUUUGAAGGAUUGUGGUGAGGAUUUGCUAGUAAGGAGGAAAGCGAGUGAUCCUGUUGAAGUCUAAGAAGGAGUCUCAGAAGAAGUGGAACUACCUCAUGCUGAAGGAUGGGCAUCAUGAUGUUUCCUUUUGCCUCCUCUGGAGUCUCUUUUGCCCUCCUAUAAACAAAACAUGUCAUAGAGGAGAAAAUUCAAACUUGUGACUGUUUUACAGGUUUUGACUUCAUCUGUCUUGGGAUAUAGGGCCAUCCUCUAAUGAGAGUAAAGUGUGCAAAAUUAUCCUCAUUGUUCCUGCUUCUUCAGUCCCAUAGUUGGGAAUAAGUGCAGCUUUCUGCUGCUGUCUUUUUGAGAGGACAGGAUGUUAACAGGUGCUGAGAGCAUGCCAACGACCAAAUUUGUUCCAUGAGCAACAUCUCAUUUAAUUGUCACAGCAUCCCAGGAAGAAGCUCUCAUAGCCCUCGGUUUUGAGAUGAGGGAACCAAUAUAGAGUUGUGGUUGAGGGUGCAGAAGUGACUGCCUAACUUUAGAGCAGGGCUCCUGAUCCCUUUAAGAAAUCAUAGGGCCAAGUACACAGGAAAUGCAUCUCUUCACAUUGGAGUUAAUAAUAUUCUCCAGUAGACAACAGAUUUUUUUUGUUAUAAAUAUUUAAAACAUGAAGUUUUGUUUCUUGUUAGCGAAUGUACCCCUCAGCCUUCUCAAUAUUUCCUUAUUCUAAGACUGGUGUUAUAUUUGCUGCACUUCUAGUUUUCAGUUUGGGGUUUUGUUUCUACCAGAGAAUCCCUUUCCUCAUAAAAAAUUAAAAAAUAAAAAACCUUACAAGUAAGCUAAAUUGUUUAUUUUCAACAUUGCCAAUUGAAUGUGAAGAUUCAGCUUAUUAAAUGUAUUUCGAUCUCUUCUUAUUGUUUGAGCAAGCUAAUUUCCAGAAAAGUUCAGUUACAAAACCGGCAAUAGGAUUUACUAAUUCCAGUUCCUUUGUUUGCUUCAGGGAAAAAUUGUACUAAUUACUAAGUACCAUUUGGACAUACAGAAAAUUCUAGGUACAGAAAAGGUGACUGAGCAUUCUUCAAUUUUAAAUAACUUAUUUAAGAAGAAGAAACUAAUAAAAUAUAUUCAUUCAUCAUUUAAGAAAUAACUCUAGCAUAUUGGAAAAUUCCUGAACAACAUAGAUUUUAUUAUUAAUAAAAAAACACUAGCUCUCCCUUUUUAGAAUGACUUUUCUUUUGAAUAGAUAAUAUUAGAUAACUUUAUUAAAGGACAUCCAAUCCUUUUUAUUAAUCUAUAAGGAUUUAAAUAUGACAAAAUUAAUCAAAAUGUUAGCCAGUUGACUAUUUUUUUCAUGUGUGACUAGCCCAAUUUAGAAUAUCGGUAAAAAGCCAACCUACUCCACUCAUAUUAGAGAACAUAUUUGCAAACUUCAUCCUCUACUUAAAUAAAGCUAUUCUGUGAGUGUGAAACAGCCAAGUUCAAAAUAUUUUUGCGAUAGCAUUUUUGUUUUGCAUUUGUUUGUAGCCAAAAACAUUCAAUACCAGUUUAAGUCUGUUCAUCCUUGAGAAUUUUUGAGAAGUUCUUAAUUUAUCUUUAGUUUACUUGGUUGUUAUUGUGCUUAACUAUAUACAGUUGACCCUUGAAAAACACAGGUUUGAAUGGCAUGAGUCCACUUAAUAUGUGGAUUUUCUUCCACCUCUGCCACCCAAGACAGCAAGAUCAACCCCUCAUCUUUCUCUUCCUCCUCAGUGCUAAUUAACCGUUUAUUGAAUUGAUAAGGCUUCCUAUCAACAGUAAGCUAUUAGUAGUUAAGUUUUUGGGGAAUCAAAAGUGAUACAAGAAUUGUUGACUUUGGGAGAGGGGAUCAGUACACCUAAACCCUGUGUUGUUCAAGGGUCAACCGUAUUUUAAUAUAAAAACAAACAUUUACUGAGUAAUUACUGUGUCGGGCACUAUGAUAAGCAAUUUGCAUACAGUGUCUCAUUUAAGUAUCAUGCAACCUUGUGAGACAGGUAUUCUCACCACCAUUAUCAUUUUACCAGUGAGGAAACUGAAGCACGUAAAGUUUAAGUCACUUGCCUAAGGUCAGGUAGCUGGGAAGUGGGCCGCACAGCUGGGAUUUAAGCCCGGGCAGUCUACCUUCAGAGUGCCUCCUUUUAAUCCUAGCAUAUUUGAUUCUUUUUUUUUUUUUGAGUACUUAUUUCAUCUGUUUUGGUCGGUGUGUAGAAAGCAAAGUCCACUCUUUGAGUAUAAAGGAAUUUGUAAUAAAGUAUUGAAUGGC